ACACAGUGGGUGCGGCUGCAGUGCUGCAGGGCUCGCGCGUGAUUCCACUCCCCAUAAUCGAGAAUUGGGAAUUGGUUGUCUUUUUGGGUGCAAGGGUCCGCUCUCCAGAGCAUAACCUCUCCUUGCUUUUCUGGCUUUCUGCCCUACUAGGCUACUACAAAUAUACAUGGCGCAGGCUCUAAUCGCACUCUCUUCUCCCUUCUUUCGCUUAAUUCCGUGCUUUUGCUCUCUAUAGAAAGGGAAGGGCCCCUGAGGCUUGAGGCUUUUUCUGGUUAAUAAGCACUGCUUUCUCUUUAUAAAUAUCUCUCUCUUUUUUCUUUCAUAGCGUUCUCUGGGACCCUAAAGCUGCAAAUCCAGCAAAAAUCCAACUGGGGUUGCUAUCAUUAUAUCUUAGCCGAGCAGCAAACUCUCAUUUACUCCAUCCUCUCCCUCGUCUAUCCUUUUGUUGCCCUCUCUCUGUCAUUGCUAGAGUUUAAAUAUGGCAGAUAGUUUAGAUGACGGCGAGUUCUGGUUGCCUCCUCAGUUCCUCACUGACGACGAUAUUUUCAUGGAUAAGAAGAUUACUACCACCAACAAAUGUAGCCUCAAGAACGCUAAAGAUGUGUUUUCCUCUGAAACUGACUAUUCCAAGCCUUUCUUCCCACUUGAUUUUCCUUAUGGGGUUGGGUCCUUCGGGGUGUCUUCGGAUCUCAGUUCUCCGGUUGAGUCGGUGGUCGGUUCUACAGAAGAGAGUGACGAGGAAGACUACAUCGCUGGCUUAACUUGCCAAAUGGCUCGCUCCACGCUUGAAGACGAUUUUAGGGGAAACGAUGUGACUUUUGGGAAUGAAAAAACCAAGGCCUGGGUGGUAUCAGGUUCACCACAAUCAACGCUAUGUGGGCUUGGAAGUGGUUGUGGGUGUAGGCAAGCGUCAUGCCGUGGCCGUCCAAAUGAUUUCUCCAGGGGCUCCUCAACGCCGGCCACAUGGGAUCUGCUGUAUGCGGCUGCUGGCGAAGUAGCGAGGAUGAGAAUUAAUCAAGAAGGGUACGGCCUUAACGGCCACAACAGUGGAAUUUUGGGUCCACCACGAAAACCCUCUCCUGUCUCUGUACCCGUGGAAAACUCAAAACCUGAUGCGGGUCUCUACCCGAUGCCGUCUCUUACUUACCAGAAAUUGCAAGCAGCUCAAUUUCAGCAGCUGAGACAGCAGCAACUGAUGAAACAACAGAGCUCUGGACUUUGGGGAGGGCAGCCUAAGGGUGCUGGAUUUUUCCAAAAGCAACAAACCCAGUCAGUGGUCCACAACGGAGCCAGAAAUCCUGGUAGACCUUUGGGUUUGCCUCCGUCUGCUUGGCCUCCUCUGCAACACCACCAAGGCGGGUCUGGCAUGCGGGCUGUGUUCCUCGGCAAUCCUGGGGGCAAAAGGGAAUGUGCUGGCACUGGGGUGUUCUUACCUCGCCGAGCUAGUACCACUGCUGAAACUCGCAAGAAGUCAGCUUGUUCUACAGUUCUGCUACCAGCAAGAGUAGUGCAGGCCCUGAACCUAAACUUGGAUGACAUGGGUGCUCAACCCCAGCUUCAACCUCGUUUUAAUGGAACUUUCACCUCAGACAGUGAUGUUGCAUUAAGGCUUAAUAACAGCAAUCAUCUUGUCUCCCAUCAGAAGCGGAGUCUCAGGCCACAACCAGAAAUGAAUGGCGAUGUGAGGUUACCACAUGAAUGGACUUACUGACCCCAAUCAUUUUGUUUUGGGGCUCACAAUGAACGUUCUUGGUCUUCUCUUUUUGGGUUCAUUUUAGAGGUUAGGUAAGUGAGAAAAAUUUUAAAGGAUAGAAGAAAAUAAUAAGAAGGGGCAAAUGUUAGGUUGCUAUAUUGGAGGAAAUUAGUGUUAGUAUAAAAGAAACAGUGGAUAAGGAAGUGGAGAAGGAAAAAAUGUUUUUUUUUUAUUUUUUUUUUUUAGAAGUAGGGAAAAAUAAUUUUGUGUGUUGAUAGAAGUGAUGUUUAAAAUGAAAUGAUGAAGGGUGCAGGCAGGCAGGCAGCUUUUGUUGGGCUCUAGGGACGAGAAAGUGGGGGUGGACGGCGAUUCUGACCGAUUUUAAGCAAAUAAUUGUGAGUUGGCUGGCUAUUCAAGGAGUCUCACAUGAUAUUGAUAGCAGUGGCGAGUGGAAGGAAUUGCAGAGAUAUUACUAGCCUGUUAAUUCUUUUGUAAAUGCUGUUGCUGGCAUCAAAUGCUUUUGCUAACUGUAUUUCUGUCCAUCUCCAUCCGAAGUCCAAAUGCCCAUUAACUAAAUAACAAUGAAAAUGGAUUACUUUUUCCCGA